AUGGCAAUAAGAACGAGAAUCUUCAGCUUCGUGUUUGCAAUGAUGAUGAGCAUCACGGUUCUGUCGAGUUCCUGCUCGGCGAAGAUCUACAAAGUGGGAGACUCCGAGGGAUGGACUGCUAAAGACGAUGUCUAUUACGCUUGGGCAGAGACCAAUUAUAAGGAGUUCCACGUGGGAGAUUCUCUCGUCUUCGAAUACGAUCCCAGCAUCAACGACGUGACUCAAGUUUCUGGCGCUCUGGAAUACGAGUUAUGCGACUAUUCUUCUCCUAAAGCCGUUUACAACACAGGACACGAUGUCGUGACUCUCACGGAACUAGGUUUUCACUACUUCAUCACCUCAAACCAAGCUCAAUGCGUAUUGGGACAGAAGCUCGGCCUUCUUGUCAUCCAUGACCCGUCACGUCCGGUUCCUCCACCACCAACACCCAGCAAGAUUCUUCCUGCUGGAAACACCUACAAGGUUGGAGACUCAAAAGGAUGGAACGUAUAUGAUAGUGACUUCUAUAACAAGUGGAGUGAGGAGAAACAGUUUCAUGUUGGAGAUAGUCUGAUUUUCGAGUAUGACAAUGAAGUCAAGGACGUCUAUGAAAUCAGGGGUGAUCUAGAAUUCAUUACAUGUGACCCAACGUCUCCUGUAGCUGUGCACAAGACAAGACAUGAUCUUGUUAGGCUUGCAGAACCAGGAAUUCAUUAUUUCAUAACCUCACACUCGGGUUAUUGUGAAGCUGGGCUUAAGCUUCGAGUGGUGGUGGGACCAGUACCUAAAGCUGUUGCUUACCCUAAUUUCCCCAAGAAGCUUCGAGUGGUGGUGGGACCAGUACCUAAAGCUGUUGCUUACCCUAAUUUCCCCAAGAAGGUGGACAUGUCAGCUAUGGAGCGCCUCAACAACUGGUUAAAGACUUUCAAACCCCAGCCACAUCAUUAA